GCAAUGGUACUGAUGAGGGAUGAGUCAGGCUAUAUGAUGCUGAUGAUACUGCCAUUUCAUCAGCACAUUUUCACAAACAUCUCUUCAUCCCUAAUCAUGAGAUUGACGAUAUGAAUUUACAAACAAUUUACGAGCAUUUCUAAAGUAAUUUGCAAAGGCCCGAGAGGAUAUGGUUAUUCGUUUUGUUAUUUAGUGCACGUUGAAAGCGGGGACUAGUUGCACAUUUAUCCUUUAAACAUACGGGUGUGCUCGGAUGCCUUGCACGGGAGCGUCACUGAAUAACACAUUUUCGGACUGAAAGACAGGGAAGAAUAUGGGGCUUGCCAUUCUUAGGCACUGAGAAGCAUAACCGAGAUUUAAUAAGAUAUGGAAGCUAUAUGGCUGUACCAGUUCCGACUGAUUGUCAUUGGCGACUCGACCGUGGGGAAAUCGUGUCUGAUCAGACGGUUCACAGAAGGACGUUUCGCACAGGUGUCUGAUCCGACUGUCGGAGUUGACUUCUUCUCUCGCCUGGUAGAGAUCGAACCAGGCAAACGCAUCAAGCUUCAGAUCUGGGACACGGCUGGCCAGGAGAGAUUUAGAUCUAUCACAAGGGCUUACUAUCGCAAUUCAGUGGGUGGCCUUUUGCUUUUUGACAUCACCAACCGGCGUUCCUUCCAGAAUGUUCACGAGUGGCUGGAGGAGGCGCGCAGUCACGUGCAGCCGCACAGCAUCGUCUUCAUACUGGUCGGUCACAAGUGCGACCUGGAACAGCAGCGGCAGGUGAGCCAGCAGGAAGCUGAAAAACUGGCAGCUGCUUACGGCAUGCGCUACGUGGAAACCUCCGCCCGUGACGCCAUCAACGUAGAGAGGGCAUUCACCGAGCUGACGCGCGACAUCUUUGAGCUGGUCAAAAAUGGCGACAUCACCAUCCAGGAGGGCUGGGAGGGCGUCAAGAGCGGUUUUGUGCCCAAUGUGGUGCAUUCGUCUGAGGAAGUGACCAAGAGCGACCGUCGCUGCCUCUGUUGAUCUGAAGCGACUCUUGCGGGUGUAUCACGGCCCAAAACCAGUGCUGUCGUUUUCCCUUAGCUUGCCAUUUCCCACUACUGCAACCCCACGAAUACCCUCUUCUUACAAUGUUUCCUGCUCUCAUAGUUACUACGAAUAAAGCUCCUCGUAAUGUCACGUUCAAAUAAUGACCUACAGAUAAGCGACAAACAGUAUGAAAUGCUUUGGUAAGCUGGAACCCACUGAACUUCAAGAUGUUCAGGAAUGGAGGAACAUGUAGACAGCAGCAAAGACAGACCCAAAGUUUACACCAAAAGUUCACCCAUAAAUGAUGGAUCAUUUCAGAGCAUGCACAGGCGAAUCACACCGUCAUUCUUUAUCUCAGUGGCUCGUGAUCAUUUCAGCACUAACAUUAGUAGUUGCUACAUUUCAUGUAAUUCCUUACUGGCGUAUAUUGAUUGUUUAUUUGGUGGGAUCUCUGAUAUGGACAAUUCAAGUAUGUUACAUUGCCUGACAAAGAGAUGAAGACAAGUUAUGUCUGUAGAUAGAUGUAGAUGUUAUCCUAGGGAUGUUGGAGAAUUACUUUUGUUGUUUUUCUUCAGGAUUCAAUAUCUGGAAUUGUAAACAGUACACUAAAUACAAUAGGAAUUAGGAAAAUAGCUUUUCGAAUGGCGACAGGGCGACAAACUAACUGUGUGCACGGAUUUAAGUGCUGGAACGACUGUCAUUCAAUAUCUACACAUUCUUCAUCACAUGCAUGUUUGUAUAUAUUUUGGACAAUACGACCACACUUUCCGCUACAUAAGAUAUUUAUGUUUGAAUACAUUCUGCAGAUUUCCCUUUGUACACUGCAGAAACUUUUCCAAAUGAAUAAAACAUCCAGGGACUUAAUUAUCAUUCCUUAUUUGUGACGCACUGAUAGACCACGCCCCUAAUUGUUUUUUCCUUUUCUGAUUGGUGCACUAUUUAAUAACUGUUGCCUGUCAGUUGAGGUUAGUAGCUGCUGAAAUGUACUUUUUUGACUUACAGACUAAUGUCAUUUAGCCAACUGAAAUGACUAUUAACUGUAUUUAUUGAUCUUGUGAAAGAAAUGAGGUGAACUAUCAAUAAAAGGUGUGAGACAAAA